AUGGCCAAAACAUACCUCGUUCUGCACGUCCAGCAACCGUCACGGGUACGACCACCAGUCGAGUUGCAACCAGGAAUUGAAGUCAUGGUCAAUGUGUCAAAUUCCCGCCUGCGGUGUCAUACCAACAUCACGGCCGGCCGGAGAGUGGGAGGAAUCUUGGGGCUUCGCCGGUGGUCGGCUACCAUCAAUGUGACCACGCAGGAGCUUCUGCCCUGUGACACGCUGUUAGUACGCAAUGGUAAACUUGGAAAUGGAGGAACUUACCUCGAAUUCACUAUGAUGAAUCUCAACCCGUUAAAACACGCUAUCUACGUCCUUAAUCUCUCAAGCCCUUGA